AUGAACAAGAUGGGUACAACCCAGGCUAAGGAGGUAAUGAAGGUCGACGCAGGAAAAACAGCACCUUUGAAUGGAAAAGGAUUCUAUGCGGUUGCUAAUGGGGUAAACCCUGGUAUCUAUGAUUUGUACCGCGGAAGAUGCGGUGCUGAGAAAGAAGUUCAGAAAGAGCCCGGUUCUUGUCACAAAAAGUUCAGAACGAGGGCCCAAGCCGAAGCUUUUAUCGAAGAUUGGAAGGAAUCCCAUGCUGAUGUUUGGCGGGAACUGAUAAAGGAGGUAUUGGACCAGGGCCUCAGACCUCGCGAUCCUAUAGUCUGGAAAACUGGCGGUAUGAAGUCGAUCAUUGAACAGUUUAUGUACGAGCCGGGGAAAUCUACCGAGGUGGAUGAAAUUACGGAGAAAGCCAAGCAGCUUUCGCUACAACAACCUAAACAGAACAAUUAA